ACAUUUCUAUCAAGUUUUGUGAAGAUUUAUUCCUGUCUUAUGAAUUAAAAAAUAUUUCUAUUAAGUUUUGGGAGAUUUAUUCCUGUUUGGUAGCUGUCAACACAUGGGAUUUACGCCAAGUUUCUGAUAUAAAUGGUAAUUAAGAGCUGUGUAGAUGAAUCCUACUGAUGUUAGCUGAACUAAUGAUGUUUGGUAGUGUUACGAUUUUUCUGUGACUUCCUCCAUUGCUGGCCACAAAAAACGUUUUGAAGUUUUUACAGAGACUAGAGAGAUAGAGAGAUAAGGUGAUACAGAGAUAUAAAGAGAUAUAAAGAGAUAUAAAGAGAUAAAGAUGCUUCCCUCACUGUUGGCCUCACUUCUCCUGCUAUUCUGUGGCGGUGAAUCAAUUAAAAUACAAACCCAAAGCUUGAACCGGAUAGAAACGACGUACAGGUCCAAGCUUAUUGAGCGGGCAAACAACAAGUUGUUUAAUUUUAAAGCGGCCAAAAAUGUGAUCUUGUUUCUGGUGGAGGGCCUCGACUCCCACACGAUGUCGGCGGCGAGGAAAAUCUUCCACCAGCUGGGGGAGACGUCCAUCGAUAACAUUAAUGAGCUGGACACCUACGUCACAGGGUUCCUCAAGCCACAGAGCCGAGACAGCAUGGUGGCCGACAUUGCCGCGGCGUCCUCAGCCAUCUUCAAUGGCCUGCCUGAGCGGAAUGGCCAGAUGGGGUGGGUGGAGCAGGAGAACGCCACCUGCGGGGAGUUUGACCCGGCCAAGAAGUUGCUGCCCAACCUCUUCAAGCUGAUGUCACAGGCAGGUAAAUACACCGCCUUGGUGACGAACUCGCGGCUGACGUCACCAGGUGUGGCAGGGACGUACGCCUCCAGCCCUGACAUGCAGGUGGAGUCAGACAUCCACCUGAAGGAAUCGGGCUGUGACGACAAGAGGUUCAAGGACAUCGCCAAACAGCUGCUGACCAACCAGGACUUAAACGUAAUCAUUGGCUCAGGUAGAAAUUAUUUCAUCAAGAACUCAACUCUUGUCUCUUUACCUCUGUCACGAUCAGACAUCGAUCUAACAAAGCUGUGGCAGAUGAACAAGAUCCUAAAGAAGAGGACUGCCAGCAAAGUCGUGGAGGGGAAACUACAAAUCCUGCAACAUCUGUCUAACCCAGCCAACCAUGAUUUGGUCGGUUUCCUACAAACGCCGGAAUCUUACCCUGAGCUAACUUCCUAUCUUCAAAACCUGAUUACUUUCUUCAAUCAGAAGAAAGACAGUAAAGGCUACUUCAUUGUCGCACACACUGACCAUCUGGCACUUAUUCAUGAAGCCACCACCGCCUACAGACUGGGCAAAAUGGUCAACGCCAUCCUUUCUGAUAUCAACGCAGCUAACGUGAGAGUUGCUCAGACUGAAUACUGUUUAUUUUUUCAGGAGUUGCUAAGACUGAGAGUUGCUCAGACUGAAUAUUGUGUAUUUUUUCAGGAGUUGCUCAAACUGAAUACUGAGUUGCUCAGACUGAAUACUGAGUUGCUCAGACUGAAUACUGAGUUGCUCAGACUGAAUACUGAGUUGCUCAGACUGAAUACUGUAAACCUUAUUUUUUCAGGAGUUGCUCAGACUGAAUACUGUAAACCUUAUUUUUUUCAGGAGCUGCUCAGACUGAAUAUUGUGAGUUGCUCAGACUGA